AUGCCUCCAAUCCCAAUCCACAAGAACGCACCCAUAAAGCCCGACGGCAUCACCCCCAAAACCGCCUCCGACGACACCACAACUCCAACACCAACACGCACCGUCCCCGCCUCCGUCCCAGCAACCACAACCGCCUCGUCAUCCCCUCCCGCCCCCCAACCCGGCGCCCGCCCAAUUCCACCAACGUCCACCGCACAAGCACCAUACUCUACCGACCCUCCGCCCCCUCAACCUAGCUACACAGCCCACCACAUAACCACCUCAACAUCCCAAGCCGUGCCCCCGCCGCAAUUCACCCAGCCCCCGCCCUCAGACUCCGCGCUCGCGGGCCGCUCGACGGUAACGGCGACGACAGCGAGUAAGCCAGGCCCGACGACGUUGAAUAUGGGGCCCGUGGCGAGUCCGAGGGCGAGCUUGGAACAUCCGCCUGGUUAUCAACAGGCGGCGGAUAAUGCACCGUAUACGUUGGGCGGAGGGAUUGGUGGUGGAGAAGUUGGUGGUAGUGGGAGUGGAGGAACAGAGGGAGAGGGUGUGGGAGCGACGGCGUGGGGGUAUUUGAGCAAGGCGGGGGAGGCGUUGAAGAAGGGGGAGGAGGCGGCGUGGAGGGCUGUGAGGAAUAAGUAG